GUCCACAUACACCAUCUCACCAUAUCCAUCCUUGCCAUUUAUUAAGCCACAUGCUGGGCAACACGUCUUCCUCGGCUGUGUGACAUAUUUCUGUUUUGCUUCACUCUCAUUUGAACUGUUUGUGUUUGUCUCCCGCUUCACUGCACUCCCUGCGUUCCCUCUUGGGCUACUGUGUGCCUGCGCUCGAGUCCCAACUCUAGUUCCCACAUCUUCCAUUGAUGCGUCGUCCUCCAGAUCGACAUUGUCUCUGUGACCGUUCAUCACUCUUUUUCAUUUGACUUCCGGCGCAAGUUGUCGCCUUGAGAAGACUACUCUGCGCCGUCGACCUCCAACUCCUCCUCGUCCUCUGCCUCAUUCCCAUCCUAGUGCGGGAACAAACAUAGCCGCAUCUUUCACCAGAUCUCUCUGCUCUCAGCGUCAACUUAAUCGCUUCGUACUCUAGCAAAAUGGCAGGACAUAAGGCUCGGCGGAUAGCAAAGGAUCUGGCGGAUAUUCGUGCCGACACCAAGUCCCAAAUUUUUGCAGAGACGGUCAACGACAGCAUCACCAACCUUCGAGGCUCGUUUAAGGGCCCAGAGGGCACACCAUACGAAGGAGGAACAUAUGAAGUGUCGAUCACCAUCCCAAAUGAAUACCCCUUCAAGCCGCCCGUCAUGAAAUUUACCACUCAAAUCUGGCACCCCAAUAUCUCGAGUCAAACCGGUGCUAUCUGUCUCGACACACUCGGUACUGGAUGGUCACCAGUUCUCACCAUCAAAUCCGCUUUGAUUUCACUACAAUCACUACUCAGCUCUCCAGAACCUAAAGAUCCUCAAGACGCCGUGGUAGCACAAGAAUUGAUCAAGCACCCAAAGGAGUUUGAAAGACAUGCAAGGGAAUGGGCGAUCAAAUAUGCCGGUGCUCCCAAGACCACCCCAGGAGAGAGCAGCGGAGGGAAUAAUGCUUCCUCACUGGCGGCGGACAGAGCGAACGCUGAGCAAGAGGAAGACGCAAAUACGGCGAUCUAUGAUGGCUACAACAAGGAGCUCAUUGAUCGUUUCGUUUUCAUGGGCUUCGAUGUGGACAGAGUCGUUGAGGCCUUCAAUUAUGUCGGCAUCGACAGAAAUGGUGGCCAGGACUACGAACUAGAGGAGGCUUACAUGGGAGAUAUCACUGCCAGAUUAUUAGGCGAGCCUUGAACGGCCUCUAAUACCUCGAUAAGACUCUGAGAGGCAAGGGCAAGGCACAAAAGCACUGGUACCUGACCAAACGUUCGGCUGUAUGUCACACAGCAACCGAGAUUCGAAAUGGCGUCUCAGAGCGUCGAAUCCUGGGGUGAUUGUAAACCAAUGAGACUUUAACGAUCCAUAAGAAAUGAUUAUGCCUAAUUAUCAAUCCUGCCUGCGCAUCCAAGGC